GGAAACACGUUCAUGCCGAAACUGUUCCGAAGGUGUACAUUGACAUCACUAUGGCCACCAAGAUAAUUUUCUCGGUAGUAAUACUUGCCGUGUUGCUUGCAAGUGUGGUAUCGGCUGAAGAGGAAGUUUUCGACUUCAAGAACUUCGACAUAGCAAAGUUUCUCCAUACAAGCAAGGUAGUAUGGGUUUACAAUACGACAGAGCCGGGAACAGUGAGAUGCAGAAUGGACAACCACACUAAAGUGGAGAAAAAUUCAACUAUAUUUAGCAGACAGUUCGUCAACAACAGCAAGAAAACCAUAAACGAGCGGUUGGGCAAGUUUUUUAUCUACAACAGUGAACGUCCGCCAAAUGAUUCCAAGUACAAUGCAAUGACAAUAUAUGAGACCACAGGAAAGGAGGAAUACGGUGAAGAGAUACUCGAGUUCCAGAGCAGUGACAGUACGUGCGCUGUGGUUUUCGUGCUUGACUACACCAGUAUUGGAGAAUCCGCUGUCUGGUAUGAUCUUCGUAUGAGCGACUAUACCAUACACAGCGAGCCGCCAGAAGAUUGUGCCAAAAGAUUUGAUUAUAUUCUGCGCCAAACGAAGAAGCAAUCAUGGAGACAAAUAUAUGGUGCUGACUGUCGGAAUAUGCACACCACCUCUUCCUAAAGCCCGAUACCAACAUGUACAAGCGAUAGGAACCCAUGCACCGCCUAAAAGAUCUUCAUGACUCCUUAGGGGUUUAAAUUUACUAUCUCUAUGGGAAUAGUAUUCUGUUAUCGUAAAAUAUAUAUUACAACAAUCUCACUUGAUUCUGAAAUAUGAAAUAAAAAUAGGUAUGUCUUUGUAACUUAUUCAGCAAACACUUCCAUUUAUUUCUGUUUGAUGAGACCUGUUCGCAGUAUUGAUGUAUCUGAUUGCAGAGUGAAUAAAGAGCAUUGAUAG